AUGCAGUCUUGCGAGUCAGUCGCCUGGUAUGUAACAAUCAGAGCCGCAUCCUCUAAAUCCCACCCACUCACAAGUCACGCCCCUGAUCAGAAGGAGAAACGGUGUGAAGCGUGGUUUGAAAAAGAAAAAGGAGUAAAGUGCUUGACAUCGGUCACUCUUAUCCUACUCUGGAAACGGGCUAUCAAAUUUCUAUCUCCAUUUAUUUAUUCUACCCUACUUGGACUCUACGAAAGCAGGAUGACCAUGACACUGAACGCGCUGAGAAAAGACGAUGCCCGGGAUUUCACUAUGUACAUAAGCAAGUGCAAAAUUGAAUCCAUAAUUCCGAGCUCCGACAUUGAACGAAGUUCAGAGAUGCCCUCGAUUACGCCAAGAAAUCAAAGAUUAGGUGAGCCGGUCAUGUUAUGCGAUAUAGUUGACCGUUGGACCGGGGCGAUUACGAAUGGAUCCCUNAAGCGAACACCAGGACGGCCACCAGCGCGAUGGUCAGACAACUUAAAGGAAGCUCUGAACGAAAGGAGUGUCUUGCCCCGCGCCCCUCGAAGGAGUACGAUUCACUGGACUACUCCGGCUCUCGACAGGGACGAAUAG